UGCGGUACAGGCAGAAUGCGCUUGGAGGCGAUACAGCUUUCAGCGAUACCGUGAAUAACGGACAGUCCGUUCUACCCCUCCGUCCAAGGACAAGGAUAUUUUGAUCACACGGCGAAGAUCUGAUGGUGUGUCGGAGCCACAAACAGAGGGAGGCGACAGAAUACCGUUUAACGGCGCCGAUGGAAUUUAUCGUGGUUACUAAUCUAGCGCAGAUAACUGGACAGAAUGCGCGUGUGUGAUGCGGCCGAGCGCGCGCGCUGCAGUAUCCGCGCCGAGGCGCGUGAGCCCCCGGCUGCAGGUCGACCGUCGAUCCAGUGUGUUGUUUUGGUGAAUGUGUGUCGAAUUGAAAUGAAAAUGGUGCUGUAAAGAAACAAAGAGGGCGUUUAUACGUAGUUGUGAUAAAGCAUAUCUGUUCAGAGGUUUGGUUUUGUUGAAAUAAGCCAGCGCAGAAUGCCUGCGUCUCGACAGCGCUUGUAACGUUAAACGGGUCGCAUAGCCGGUGUGGACCGUUAGCUGUCGUCGAUGAUAAGCCGCGGCCGGUUUAUCUGAGAGUCUGUUAUGCUCGUGUGUCAGUGUGCGUCUGUGUGCUAGACGCGCCGAGGAUGGCAUCCGGUGCCGGUGGAGAGACGGGGGGAGGGGGCCUCGUACCCGUGAAACCGUUUCCGUACUUGUGCGAGGAGUCCACUCAGGGUUUGAAAUCCAAGAGCCUCCCCGCGCUCAGCGGCAGUCAGGCUCCGGAGCAGGACGCGGAUCAGACUCUGCUCUCUGCCCCGCACUGCUCCCCCGCCAGGACAGAGCGUCGUGAGCCGGAGGGACGCGGCGUCGCUGCGCUCUUGACGCUCCGCCUGCCGCGGCUGCCGGUGAGGCGAUAUGUGGACGGGAUCCUGUCGGACUCGCGCUGCUUUCUGUUCUGCAUGUGUUACCUCACCUUCAUCCAGUCUCUGAUGGUGUCCGGCUAUCUCAGCAGUGUCAUCACCACCAUAGAAAAGCGGUACAGUCUGCGGAGCUCAGAGUCGGGUCUUCUGGUCAGCUGUUUUGACAUUGGUAGUCUCCUCGUUGUGGUCUUCAUCAGCUACUUCGGUGGGCGGGGUCAGAGGCCGCGCUGGUUGGCUGUAGGGGGCGUGUUCAUUACGGUGGGCGCCGCCCUCUUCUCCCUACCUCACUUCAUCUCACCGCCAUAUCAGCUGGAGGAGCUGAACAGCACAGUAGGAGGAGAGGGGCUCUGUGCCGGCGGGAAUGGCAGCGGGCAGGAGAGGCCAGCACUGUCUAGGUGCCAACGGGACCGAGAGGAGAGUGAGCAUGCCCUGUACGUGGCGCUGUUCAUCUGUGCUCAGAUUCUCGUGGGAAUGGGAUCGACUCCCAUAUAUACCCUUGGACCAACUUACCUGGAUGACAAUGUGAAGAAGGAGAACGCGUCCCUGUACCUGGCUAUCAUGUAUGUAAUGGGAGCACUUGGACCAGCCGCUGGGUAUCUGUUGGGUGGGAUUCUGAUCGGAUUCUAUGUCGACCCCGGAACCAUUGUCAAUAUUGACCAGAGCGACCCACGGUUUGUAGGAAACUGGUGGAGUGGGUUUCUUCUCUGCGCUGUGGCAAUGUUGUUGGUGAUCUUCCCCAUGUUUUCCUUCCCUAAAAAACUUCCUCCACGGCACAAGAAAAGUAAAAGACGUGUAAAAAAGGGCGCAGGUGAUGUCUCCAGCGAUGACGAAAUGAUGAAAGAGAAGAGCCAAGCUGUCUCGUCCUCCAUGGGUUUUGGCAAAAAUAUCAAAGAUUUGCCAAAAGCAGCAGUGCGUAUAUUGAGUAACGUGACGUUUUUAUUUGUGAGUUUGUCGUAUACAGCGGAAUGUGCCAUCGUCACAGCCUUUAUCACUUUCAUUCCCAAAUUUAUUGAAUCUCAAUUUGGUGUUCCAGCAUCUAAUGCCAGUAUAUACACAGGUCUGAUCAUCGUACCCAGUGCAGGUGUGGGUAUAGUUUUAGGUGGGUACAUUAUUAAGAAACUGAAGCUAGGUGCAAGAGAAGCAGCAAAACUGGCCAUGAUCUGCAGCGGCGUGUCUUUGCUCUGCUUUUCCACUCUCUUUAUUGUCGGCUGUGAGAGCAUCAACCUCGGUGGAAUCAAUAUCCCUUACACCACCGGGCCGACGCUGACUCUGUCUCACCGUAACUUGACGGGAAGCUGUAACGUCAACUGUGGCUGCAGGAUUCAUGAGUAUGCGCCUGUCUGUGGCUCUGAUGGUAUCACCUACUUUAACCCAUGUCUGGCUGGCUGCAGCAACAUCGCCAACCAAACCUCAGGAAUCAGAAACUAUUCGGACUGCGCAUGCGUUCAGAGCAGACAGGUGAUCACGCCGUCGGGAGGAAACCAUGACCUGCAGGUGGUGAUUGUGAAGACGUACCUAAACGAGAAUGGUUACGCACUGGCAGGAAAGUGUGAGCGCACAUGUGGAACGCUCAUCACCUUCCUCAUCUUUCUCUUCAUCGUCACUCUGAUAACCGCCUGCGCUCAGCCGUCCGUCAUCAUCGUUACGCUCAGGUCAGUGGAGGAGGAGGACAGGCCGUUUGCUCUGGGAAUGCAGUUUGUUCUUCUCAGGACUCUUGCCUACAUCCCCACUCCUAUCUAUUUUGGAGCUGUGAUUGACACCACCUGUAUGCUGUGGCAGCAGGAUUGUGGUUUCCACGGGUCCUGCUGGGAGUACGAUGUCACUUCCCUCCGCUUUGUUUACUUUGGGCUGGCGGCAAGCUUGAAGUUCCUGGGCUUCCUGUUCAUCUUUCUCACCUGGUAUUCACUGAAGAGGCUCGAGGAGCAGACGCACACACACACGCACGCACACACACUCUCCCCUCUGGACACGGUGAGCCACCUCAUCUGUCACGCAGGAGGCCACAAAGGCCACGCCCGCACGCGCUCCUGUCCUGUCUUCCUGCCACGCCCGCCAGAACACACCCACGCUGCAAUGCCAACUGGACACGCCCUUAGCCGUGGUAACAGCUGCCCUGGCAAUGGCCUGAAAGCAAUAACUCCGCCUAUACGGUCACUGGAAAAAGUGGCAGUGUGAGGACUGGAGCCAUGCACACACACACACAUACUCACUCAAACACAUGCAUGCAAACAUCAUACCAUUAUGAGGGCCGAUUAUGUAAAUGGAAACAUACACACCGCUUAUAGCCAUUGCUGGUGCCUUCUUUUAAACACACACACACACACACACACACACAAACACACUUCAAAGACACAUUAUCACAGGAUUUUUGUGAAGCACUGAUUAGUAAUAAAAUGUUUUUGAUAAUACCUCAGCAGGACGAAUACCUCUGUUCAUCAUCACGUACAAAUACAAACAUACUCAAACACAUAUAGUCAUCUCAUCUAGUUACCUAUAGUGUUAGUUGUGCACAUACUCUUUUGCUUCUCCUGUACAGCAGACAGAUACAUGUACUUGUUUACCUCAUUUAUUCAUUCGUUUUUGAACAGUGAAGGGAAAGAGACUGCAAAGUUACUAUGCAAACUCCUCCCAUCACACUGGCUCCUCAAUCACAUUAGCCAAUCCCCUAAAAAAAUAUAUACAGCCCAACCAUUUUUUUACACCUAGACUGUAAACUCCUCCCACAGUACUGACUUUAGAUGUGUUUGAAAGAGAGAUCAGCGUAUGCAAUCAAAGUACCACAAGAGGUAUUGAGAACAGGUACUUUGAUGUCCUUCACUAAUUGGUCUGCGCAGCAACGCUUUGACAUAAAACACAGCUUCUUCACUUUGGCUCCUCCUAAAUUUAAACCCCUCCUUUAAACAACCACCCUUUCAACUCUUUUGGCCACACCCAGAAUGUAAACCCCACCCCAUGAAGUCGAACAAGCCUAACCUCUCUAUACCAGCUAUACUGACCACUCCCAGAGUUUGGACUCCUCCCACAAUAUUGACUCAUACAAGUUGUGGCCCCUCCCAAACUUCAAACUCCUCCCCCCAAAUAUCUUCCCUGCCAAUUAUUUUAGUUUACCAUGCCCAGACUGUGAACACCUCCCACAGUGUUAACUCCACACAUCAGUGGCCCCUCCCACACCCAAACCCCACCCACAAUUUAUUUUUUCAGCUGUUUUAUCUUGUGUGCUGUAUUAAAUGUUUUGCUUGUUAGUCCUACAAUGACAGUGUUUUUGCAACAGUUGGUGCAGUGCACGCAUCUGUUAGGUUUUCUGUGUCUUUUUCCAUGACUUCUGACUUUUGUGCAUCAUAUCAGUAUUGCAAAAUGUUUCCUUCAGUUGGUCUUGACGGUGAGCAGACAUCUUAGUAAAUAACAUGCGCACAAAUACAGCACAUAUAUAGGAGACACGUCAUCUCAUGUUCACACACAUCAUGUAUACUCCUGAAGACAUGCUCUCACGUCACUGUAGAUGGUGGUCUGUUUGCGCUGAAAUUGAGCCAGUAUUAGUGGGGUUGAUGGUAACGCAGCUCUGUGCAGAAAUCAGCUUCAUUCCUGAUCUCUGCAGGACUUCAAUAGAAACAGAGCAGAAUACACACAAGAGUACUGAACUACUGCUGAGGAAACAGUGUUUCAUUUGCCUCUCCCUCUUUUUUCCCGACCCUUCUGACGUUACUGUGCUCUGUUUGCGAGCAGAAGACACGUUGAUACAAUUAUUUAUUUGAAGUUACUUGAAGGUUUGGCUAAUCAGAGGCAAACCUUGUGAAAUUCUUUAUUAACUGUUUUGGUUGACUUGUACAAAUAAAGGAUUUGUGUCAAUAAAAUGUCUAAAUGAUUUUCAA